AAAGGACAGACGACCACAGUAAAUAUAGGUGCAGAAUUUACACGGUGGGAAACUCUAAAAGCACAGAAGGGAAUGAAGAGUGAUGUGGAACUGGCAACUUUUCUUCUCAACAGGAUUCAGUAUGAGAAAUCAGACUUCCAGAAGUACCGCCUCAAAAAGAAUUUCAGAGAAAAUCUUGUCUGGAUCUUCCAGGACCUUGAGUACAACAUAAUUGCAUUUCUGAAGAAUGAGCUGAAAAGGUUUAAGAAAAUGUUAAAAAAAGAGAACACACAGUACUUUGUUCAGGACUUUACAGAGGACAUGUGCAGUGUCAAAGAAGCAGCACUUGAUAUCACACUUUACUUCCUAACAAGUAUGAAGCAAGAUAACCUUGCAGACAAUCUAAAAGAUGAGCUGGUCUUCAUUCAUCAACGACAAUUUAAAUUGAACCUUAAGAAGAAGUAUCAAUGUGUGUUUGAAGGAAUUGCAAAGCAUGGUGACUCUACACUUCUGAAUAGCAUCUACACAGAUCUCUAUAUCACUCAGGGUUGUAGUGAACAGGUCAAUAAUGAACAUGAGAUCAGAAAGAUUGAAGUUGCUGCCAGGCGUCAUGACACACAAGAGAUACAGGUUGAAUGCAAACAUUUGUUCAAAGCAUCUGAACAAGACAAGCAGAUCAGAACUAUCAGAACUGUGCUGACAAAAGGAGUUGCUGGCAUCGGAAAAUCAGUCUCUGUGCAGAAGUUUGUUCUGGAUUGGGCUGAAGGAAAAGAAAAUCAAGACAUCAGCUACAUAUUUCCUCUUCCAUUCAGAGAGAUAAACUUAAAAAAGAAAGAAAAACAAAGUUUGAUAGACCUUAUUACUCAAUUUGGAUUAAACCUUACAAGGAGAAACAAUUUCAACGUUUUGUUCAUCCUUGAUGGAUUAGAUGAAUUUCGUCUUCCUCUGAACUUUAAGGAUAAUGAGACGUGGUCUGAUGUAUCAUCACCAGCCUCUCUGGAUGUUAUCCUAACGAACCUCAUCAAGGGAAAUCUGCUUCCUUCUACUCUCAUCUGGAUCACCAGCAGACCAGCAGCUGCCAGUAAGAUUCCUCCUGACUGUAUCGACCGGCUGACAGAGAUACGAGGAUUCAAUGAUGCACAAAAGUACUUCAGAAAAAGAUUCACGGAUGAGAAUCUGGCCAAAGAAAUCAUUGCUCAUGUUAAACAAUCAAAGAGUCUCUUUAUCAUGUGCCACAUCCCAGUCUUCUGCUGGAUUUCAGCCACUGUUCUCCAGAAUAUUUUGGAGGAGAAAAGAAAUAAUGAUCUGAAAAACAGUCAGGCUGAUGACGCCUCCAAAACACUGCAGGAAUCUCCCAAGACUCUGACACAAAUGUACACAAACUUUCUCCGCUUUCAGAUCCAACAGAGCAGACGAAAGUAUGAUGGAGAAUAUACACCAGAUGUUUCCUGGGAUAAAGACACAAUCCUUUCACUGGGGAAGCUGGCAUUUGAUCAGCUGGAAAGAAACAAUGUGAUCUUCUAUCACACAGAUCUGGAAGCCUGUGGUAUUGACGUCUAUAAGGCAUCAGUGUACUCAGGCAUGUGUACCCAGAUCUUUAAGGAGGAAACAGGGAUCAUUCUUGGUACCAUGUACUGCUUUGUUCACUUGAGCAUUCAAGAGUUUAUUGCAGCCCUUUAUGCACAUCUAUUUCGAGACAUCAACAAGAAAAACCCAUUUGUUCAAGAUGGACCAGAACAGGAAAACAAAAGUGAAACCAUGAUUGAUUUGCUCAAGACUACAGUGGACAAGGCACUAGAGAGUGACACUGGAUAUCUGGAUCUUUUCCUUCGUUUUCUUCUCGGUUUGUCACUCCAGUCAAAUCGGCGACUCUUACAAGGUCUGUUGGCACAGCUAGACGACAAUAAAGAAAGCAACCAGGAAAUAGUUCAGUACAUCAAGCAGAAAUUAGAGGAUAAUCUGUCUCCAGAGAGAUCCAUCAAUCUGUUCUACUGUCUGAAUGAACUGAACGACCAAACUCUGGUGAAAGAGAUUCAGACCCACCUUAGAGAAGGAAGUCUGACAUCUUCUGAUCUUUCACCUACCCAGUGGUCUGCUUUGGCCUUUGCGUUGUUGACAUCAGAGGAGGAGCUGGAGGAGUUUGAGCUUCAGAAAUUCAAGAAAUCAGACGAGUGUCUCAUUCGACUAUCACCAGUCAUAAAAACCUCCAAAAAAGCUUUGUUAGUAAUUUGUCAUAUUUUGCACACAUUUAUCGAUAACCCUCUAUAA